CUCUUUCAAAAUGGAUCUACUCUGGUGGAUUUGUUGGAUUCUUGUAUUUAAAUGUAAUCUUUGCUAUGAGAAUUUGAGUGUAAGAAAUGCUACUAUCGUUUCGCAGAGCUCUACAUACAAUUUUACGAAGAAUGGCCUGCAUGUGUAUCGAGUUGCAGAGAAAGCAAACGACGAGUUUAACGGAACAAAAGAAGCGGAUUGUGCUCAUACAUCUCCAGGACACGAAAAAGCAUGGUUUCAAGUCGAAUUGGACGCGCUCUAUAGCUUAAAAUGGAUCACAAUUACAUACCGAGAUGAAUGGCCAGAUACAUGGAGACCUUAUAGAUUCCGGAAUUUUUAUCUAGAUGUUGCAAACAUAUCUGCAGCAAACUCAUUACAUGGAACUACAGACAGAUAUCAAUGUCAUCAGGAUAAAACUCCAAGUAAUGAAAUACCUCCAACGGUCGUUGACAUUCCAUGCAAUCAGGUGGCAAAGUAUGUAAUCGUGGAAACCAUUUAUGAUUAUCCUAAUGAUACAGAAAUUGGAGCUAUUUUGGAAAUAUGUGAAAUUGAAGUUUACGGAUGUCCACUUCAUCAUUUUGGUCCUGAUUGUCGAUCAUGUGGGAACUGCAAAUUCUGCAAUAUUGAACUUGGAUGUUUUUGUCCAAAUGGAUAUUAUGGUUCACCUUCCUCCUGCAUUCAAUGCAGUAAAAAUUGCCUCGGCAACACAUGUAAUGGGAACGACGGUUCAUGUGACCAAGGAUGCAAAAAGGGGUUUUAUGGGAAAAUGUGUGGUAUAAAAUGCAAUACAAAUUGUCUUGAUGCAACUUGCCGUCAAAAUGGAAGCUGUAUCAGUGGAUGCAAAAAUGGUUUUUAUGGAACAUUUUGUAAUAUAUCGUGCAGUCCUCAUUGCGUUAAUAAACAGUGUCUUUACGGUACUGGAGAUUGUGAUGAUCAAGGGUGUGAAGUAGGGUAUUACGGAGAAAAAUGUAAUAGGACCUGCUUUAAUUGUUUUGGAAAGUCCUGUUCUCGUGAAGAUGGAGGCUGCAACGAUGGUUGUAUUGUUAAGUUCUAUGGCAAUGAUUGUACCCAACCUUGUCCUCCGAACUGUAAAAAUCACAUUUGUGAUAAAGACAGAGGGAUCUGCACAGAAGGAUGUCAGAGCGGGUAUUUUGGAAAUAAAUGUGAGAUGCCCUGCCUAAUAUCAGCUUACUGUUCAAGCAACACUUGUCAUCAACUGAACGGGACGUGUGAGAAGGAAUGUGUUGCUAGAUGGAAAGGGCCAUACUGUAAUGUCUCUGAGAAGUCAGAUGUUGACCCGUUAAAAGAAGAGGAUUCUACUACAAUUAUGAUUGGUGCAGGAGUUGGUAGUGUUGUGGUCGUUGCUCUUAUUGUAAUCAUCGUCGUAGUGAUGUUUAGGGUUCGACGAACUAAAGAAGAAAAUCAUCAUCAAAACGUUGCAUACAGACAAGGCAAUAAUGGUAUGACAAUUUUACUUCAGAUUUCUACAUAUAAAAAUGUAUAUGCAAUAUCAUAUUAG